CCGACAGCGCCUGCGCGGAGUCGACGCGCGCCCGCCUGGGACGGGCCGGCAUGGCGUUCCGGCAGGCGCUGCAGCUGGCGGCCUGCGGCCUGGCCGGGGGCUCGGCCGCCGUGUUCUUCUCGGCGGUGGCAGUGGGGAAGCCCCGGGCGGGCGGGGACGCGGAGCUGCGCGUGGUCGAGCCGCCGGCGUGGGCGGGGGCCGCGCGCCCCGGGCCCGGCGUCUGGGACUCCAACUGGGACAGGAGAGAACCGCUGUCCCUGGUCAACCUGCGGAAGAGGAACCUGGAGCCCGGAGAAGAAGAGCUGGCGUCCAGGCUGGACCACUACAAGGCCAAGGCCACACGGCACAUCUUCCUCAUUAGGCACUCCCAGUACCACGUGGACGCCUCCCUGGAGAAGGACCGCACGCUGACGCCCCUGGGUCGUGAGCAGGCUGAACUAACCGGUCUCCGACUUGCAAGCUUGGGGUUGAAGUUUAACAAAAUCGUCCAUUCCUCCAUGACCCGUGCAAUAGAAACCACUGACAUCAUCAGCAAACACCUGCCAGGCGUCUGCAAGGUCAGCACAGACCUGCUGAGGGAAGGCGCCCCCAUCGAGCCUGACCCCCCCGUGUCUCACUGGAAGCCGGAGGCUGUGCAGUAUUACGAGGACGGGGCGCGGAUCGAGGCCGCCUUCCGGAACUACAUCCACCGGGCGGACGCCAAGCAGCAGGAGGACAGCUACGAGAUCUUCAUCUGCCACGCCAACGUCAUCCGCUAUAUCGUGUGCAGGCGCUGUGCGCGGUCGUUCCCGCUGCGAAGUCACACUUUGUAGGAGGCAACGCGAACGCCCGUUUCCCUGACGUCCCCCGACUGGUUUCAGCACCUGUCGAUGGCUCCUGCCCCCGUGGUUGCUCAGUGGUGUUUGCUUAAUGGUUUCGUAUGUCCCUUUAUUAAUUGGAAUUUUUGCGACGAUGGCCUCACGGAUCUGUGAGCCCGUUAGUCACCUGGCUGCGCCGGCUGCUCCCGCAGGGGCUCCUGUGUCCGUGGGGCGACCACGUCCCUUCGUCCUGGCCCCAGGGGUCCAGGGCCCUCGCGGUGAUGCCUGCGCUGAGCCACAGGCGGCGUCACGGAGGGCCCUGGGCCUGGGAAGGCCAGCCGGGUGCUCGUGGGUUUGACCACAUCCCACUUAGUGCAAGUGAGAACCCAGCCUCCGCCGGGUCCAUUGAAGGUGCUCAGCAGGUGCUUCAAGAGCUGAGGGGUCGGUCCCCUUCUCACGAGGGCCCGUUCGUUUGCCCUCAGGCGUCGCCCGCGUGGCCCGGGGCGAGCAGCCCUGCGCCAGGGGAGCAGGCGCGGCGCCAGGGUCCCGGCCAGGUUGAGCGCUGCCGGGAGGAGGGGCUGGGCUUCGGGGGCAGCCCGAGCCCGUGUGCCGCUCAGGGCGACUUCGGGACUGUGUGAACCCACGUCCUCCCAUAUCCCGGGACAGCACUGACCCAGUGUCACCGGGAGCGACCCCAGUGCUGAGGGCCGGCCGGAGACGUCGGGGCCGGGAGCGGCCUGUGCCCCCGGGACACGUGAGGGCGCUCUGCUCCCUAACUUAGGGCAGUUUUGAAAGCGGUGAGGGUGACGCUGAGCUUUGAAAAAGCAGCAUGUAGGUAGUUAAUUCUUCAAGUCGGCAAAACUCUCGACAGAGAGAGUGCCAGUUAAUGGCAAGCCACAGGGAUGCCACUUGUGCACCCCAGUGUCCUGGGGCAUAAAGGGGUCCGGUGGCUCGGAUGGAGGCCAUAGUCGUACUGGGCUUCUCAGCAAAUACUAACUGUGCCUAAGAAGCGUUAAGAGCAUGGAAAUGCUCCGGGGUUGUGAGUUGCCCCUGCCGCACCGUCUGGCUGCCCCCGUCCCCUUUUGGUGACACUGGAAGAACAAAUUCAGUUGCAUGCAUUUGUUAACCAGUGUGUUUGUGACUCACAUGCAAGCCUUGAGUUGGGUUGAUCCCCCGUCCCAGAGGGGCUGGGCUGUCACCUCCCCCUUGUUUGAUUGAUGGGUUGGCAUCCACCCGACAGCUCCUUCCUCUGUGAAACCCCUUUUGAAAAUGGGAGGGACUUGCAGGUGUUGGCCCCAACCCCAGGGAAGGCCCCUGAGGCCUUGUCAUCUGGGGUGGGCCCUUCCUAGCCUGUGCUCUCUC